AUGACGAGGCCUUCGAUCGUCCGUGCUGACACGAUCGACUUGCAAGAUCACGACGCCCCGUCAGCCAAGUCCCAUCGCCAGCACCCUCAUGCCGGGGCGCACCAGGCCGAAACCCUCCGCGAAGUCGCCCACGAAGCCGCCGAAGCGCAAGCUCGCAGCCCUCGCCUGUCUUGGAAUGAAGGCGCGGGAAGCCCAGACGAACAGCAGUCACAGGAGGACCUAGCAAGUGGCGUGAGCGCGAGGAUGGCUGAUGCCACGACGGCGAAGAGCGAUGUCGAAGACGGCAAGGGUCCGGACGCGGCCGCGACCCACGGCGAGAUGGCAGACUCGAGCGAUGAGGGCGACGAGUUGGACGAUGAUGAUAUAAUGGACCGCAUGUCGAGCUCUCCCUCGAUUGAAGAUGAGGAUAUCGAUUUCGAAUUCGUCUACGCGUUGCAUACCUUCGUGGCCACAGUCGAAGGUCAAGCCAAUGCCACAAAGGGUGAUACAAUGGUUCUUCUGGACGACAGCAACAGCUACUGGUGGCUAGUCCGCGUUGUCAAGGACAGCAGUAUCGGUUACUUGCCUGCAGAGCAUAUCGAAACCCCUACCGAGAGAUUAGCGCGACUCAACAAGCAUCGCAACGUUGAUCUUUCUGCGGCAAUGCUGGGUGACAAUGCAGCGAAGCAAAAAAGUUCCUUCAAGGGAAUCCGGAAAAGAUGGAAGUCUGUCACUUUCGCCGAGCCCACAUAUGUCGACUACACCAACGACUUUGACAACUCCACGGACGAGGAGGACAUCGAAGAGCUCUUUGGACCUGAUGCGGCGAAGCAGGACGCGAGCCAGAGUCAGACAUCUCCCGACGCCGAAGAUGAGGCUACUGUCCAGGAAUCGGCCAGGGUCGAGCCGCUGAAGACUCGCAAGGAUCAGGGGACCAAUAAGGAGGAGGCGACCGUUGAAGAUGAUGAAGCGCCCAGAGCCAGCGAGGAGAUCCUUGAUGGGCGGGCAGAGCCGAGACGGACGCAAAAUGGGACCGUGCGCGACUCCUUCUUCAAGGAUGACAGCGUUGAGACCAAGAAGAUCAGCCUCACACCGAAUCUGCUCCGGGACGACAACGCGCCCCGUCCUUCCACCGAUUCUGCUGCUUCCAAGGACCUGAAAACAAGGGGCAGCCUCGAUAAGCUGGAGAAGGAAUUGGUGGCCGACAAGGACAGGAAGAAGACCAAGGAUAAGAAACCGAGCGCGAUUCGAAGCUUCUUCUCGAGGAAGGACAAGAAGCGGACAUCAGAGGACGACGAUGGCGAGUCCUUCGGGAAGAGAUCCAUGGACAUCAUCGAGACACGCGAGAGCGAGGAUCCGGUCGGUGAUGAAGAACAACCGCCCGAUAAGACGCUCUCGCGCAGUCCCAGCAAGCUCCAGAAACAGCAACCACGGAUAGAGCCUUCGCCUGCACAAAGGAACUCGCACGCAGCCUCCAAGAAACCCCCGCAGACGGAUAUUUCGCAGCAUUUCACGGAGACGCGCACCAACGAUGUGUCCAAUGUUCCACCAGCCUCCAUGCGAAUCGUCGAUCCGGAAACACAAGAAACUAUGGAGGUGCCAUCCAACCAGCAGCGCUUCUCCGACCGCGAGGAAGGCAGCAAUCUCGCCAAGUCAUUGUUGCCAAGAGGAGGUGGUGUCUCAUCGAUGGAUACAAAGCCGCAACAGGCCUCUGAAGCGAAAGCACGUAUGGAGCUCGAUGAUUCAGACAGCUCUGAUGAGGAGCGCACAAGGGCGCCGGAGACAUCUGACAAGCAGGAGGAGCGGCAGCUGCGCCCUCAGCUACCUGGGGCGUUCCCGGACAGCUUCCAGACUACCAGCACAGCCAUGAGCGAUCAGACCAUAGUGCCAAGCCAGGAGCAGGAUCGUACCAGACUUUCAGAAUCCCCAGUGGAGGUAUCUUUGCCUUCUGCAGGGCAACCGCCAGAGCUCACUGCCGAUUCGCCGUCUCCAGGCGGUUCAACAUCCACUGAGCCAGGUCCAAUGGAAUCAACCGCCCACGAUGCAACCGGCGCACCCUUCCCCCAACAACAAUGGGAUGAUGAGAAGCUCCGUGCCUUCUUCGAUGAGGGCGAUCACGUCAGAGACCUGCUCGCAGUGGUCUACGACACAUCUGGUGUAGAGCCCGCUGGCGAUCAUCCUAUCGUCACGUUUCAUGGUCCGUCGACGUCGAAGUCUGAGAUCCCGGUCGUCAUGGUGUAG